CGCUGACUUUUUGGUGUGUGUGAGCUAGCACUGCAUUUAGCUACGCUUUGCUACACUUCAGUCUGCAUCAUCUGUCGUUCAGCGGCUGGGGCUUUCACGCUGCUCCUCGACUCAUAUCCUCUGUGUGUGUGUGUGUAGCUCCAAAAACAUGGCGGCCCUCAGAGCUUUGUGCACAGCGGAGAAUAUAUUCUUCAAAAACCUCUCAGGUCCCUGCAGAACCAAAUUAACCUUCGCCAAGGCAUCCAGCUGUUACUUUUCCACCUCCAGCCAGAAAAGCUCAAAGUUCUACUCAGAUCCCACAGAGGCAGUGAAAGAUAUCCCAAAUGGUGCUACCCUUCUUGUAGGAGGCUUUGGAUUAUGUGGCAUCCCAGAGAAUCUUAUCAACAGUUUGCUGAAGAGCGGCGUUAAGGGUCUCACUGCAGUCAGCAACAAUGCAGGAGUGGAUAACUUUGGCCUGGGCCUGCUGCUCAAGACCAAGCAGAUCAAGAGGAUGAUCUCUUCAUACGUCGGGGAGAAUGCAGAGUUUGAGCGACAGUAUCUGUCCGGGGAGUUGGAAGUGGAACUGACGCCACAGGGAACUCUAGCAGAGAGGAUCAGGGCUGGCGGUGCUGGGGUCCCAGCCUUCUUCACAGCCACUGGCUAUGGCACACUGAUCCAAGAGGGAGGCUCUCCUAUUAAGUACAACAAAGAUGGCAGCAUUGCAAUUGCCAGUGAGAAGAGAGAGGUGAGAGAGUUCAAUGGCAGGCACUACGUCAUGGAAAAGGCCAUCACCGGAGACUUUGCAUUGGUCAAAGCGUGGAAAGCCGACAGAGCUGGAAACAUUAUUUUCAGGAAAACAGCCAGGAACUUCAACCAGCCCAUGUGCAAGGCAGCCAAGACCACCAUAGUCGAGGUGGAGGAGGUGGUGGACGUCGGGACCUUUGCCGAAGAGGACAUCCACAUACCCAGCAUCUAUGUCCACAGGGUCGUCAAGGGAGACGGCUACGAAAAAAGGAUCGAGAAACGCACGGUAAAAAAAAGCCAAGAAGAGAAGCCCAAACCAAAGAAGGACUCUGAUAUUGUUCGGGAACGGAUCAUUCGCCGGGCUGCUCUGGAGUUUGAGGAUGGGAUGUAUGCCAACCUCGGUAUUGGUAUUCCCAUGCUGGCCAGCAACUUCAUAAAGCCAGACAUCACAGUACACCUCCAAAGUGAAAAUGGAAUUCUGGGACUGGGCCCGUACCCCACUGAGGAUGAAGUGGAUGCAGACCUGAUUAACGCUGGGAAGGAGACUGUCACUGUGCUCCCAGGGGCCGCCUAUUUCUCCAGCGAUGAGUCAUUUGCCAUGAUCCGGGGGGGUCACAUCAACCUGACAAUGCUGGGAGCCAUGCAGGUGUCAAAACAUGGAGACCUAGCCAACUGGAUGAUCCCAGGUAAGAUGGUGAAGGGAAUGGGAGGAGCCAUGGAUUUGGUGGCAAGCGCUGGAACCAAGGUGGUGGUCACAAUGGAGCACUCAGCUAAGGGAGGAAAACACAAGAUAUUGGACAAAUGCAGCCUGCCUUUGACAGGGAAGCAGUGUGUGGAUCGCAUCAUCACAGAAAAGGCUGUGUUUGAUGUGGAUAAGACAAAAGGCCUGACUCUGAUAGAAGUAUGGGAGGGACUCACUCCUGAGGAUAUCAAAGCAUGCACUGGCACCGAUUUCGAGGUGUCUCCCAACCUGAGGUCCAUGCAGCAAAUCUAGAGGAGCACGCAUUGGAUCCGACAAAUGUUUUUGGUUUGUGUGACGCUCACAUCAUUUCUCUGUGGUAAACGACCGGCGAUUUAGCAGCCUGAGACAGUUCAGAUAUGCUUUCACAAGUGUAUGGUUCAUUUCCCUUGUAAUCGAUCAAUAUCACAAGGAUUUAGUCUUCACUAUAUGAACUGAAUGAGAUUCACCGGAGCCACAUGCAUGGUUCUUGUUUGGGAUCUGAUCGGGCAGACAGUUAGGGAACAUUACAUUGUUGCCUAUUUCACCAUUAAGUUAUUAAUUUUUACCGAUAUGUGCAGCUUUAACCAAAUAAUCCAUCUGAAAAGGAAAAAAAAAUGGAAAUAUUCAUUAUAUGUUCUCUGCGGCUUGUACAAUGAACAAAAAAUACACGAUUACUUGAAUCAUAUUUAUCAUAGAUCAACAGUUUAAUGUAUCAGGACAUAGAGAGCUGAAUUGUGAUGAAUUUAGAAAACAAAUGUGUGCUCAGGUCAGGUUAUGCUUUUUCAGCAAAGAAGGGAAACGGUUUUUACUGCAGUUGUGUAAACUUGUGUCACGCCAAGUAACAAAAAUGUCCUUACAUCUAUUGUGAGAUAUAUUUUAUUCAGGAAAAUAAAAAUGCAAAAAAAUAAAGAUGUAGCAGUAAGAGUGGCUGAAACAUGUCUGUAAUAAUAACCAAUGCCACACUAUCAAACUGUUUUGUGAACUAUCUUUUUUUUUUUUUCCUCAGGUUCAUGUAUUUCAGAGUUAGUGCGCAUACCAUACAUUUUAGCCAGAAAAUAUGAAGCCUUAACAUUUUUUCCACAGGCUGUCCUCUUGUCUUUGUUUAUACAAUAAAAUACAACCUUAUGUGCUGAG